CAAUAUUUAUCAAAAUGAAGCCACGUGCAGGUCAAUUGUUUCUCUCUCUAUCUCACUCUAUCUCUCUCUCUCUCUCACACACACACACAGAGCUGGGCCAUUAAAGCUAUCCAGUGGAUCAGCAGCAGUCAGUGGAAGUAAUUGCAAGUUAUAUGUGACAAACGAGGUAAGACAGCAGCGUCUUCAGCAUAAGCCGGGCCCAUUCAAUUCAAACGCUGAUUCAACAAUUUGCGGCUGCGAUUAAUCUCCUCUCCUCUCUCUCUCUCUCAUCGAUCGAUCAAUGCUGGCUUCAACUGCAGCGGCACCAUCCUCAUCCUCUUUCUCGCUAGGUGGCUCAGCUUGUUCUAACUGCCUCAGAUGUCAUGUUGAACCCAUGAUCUGCUCAACGUCAUAUGGAUUCUCUGGCAGUUCGAUUAAGGCUCCAUUUGAGCUUCAAAGAAUUUCUCAGUAUUCAGGCUUGAGAAGAGAACAUCUGUUUGGGAGUGCUCAGUUUCACUGGUCGCUUCAGGGGCGUGAUAUUUGUGUUUCACAAGUUUCAGUAGCUGCUGAUUAUUCAGAUUCAGUUCCUGACUCAUCUAGUUAUGCUACUGGUUAUCAUCCACUUGAAGAAUUGAGAGAUCAUGGGCGUGCUCGUGAUACAAUGCCUACAUCUGCUGAGAUUGCCAGGACUGCCGUCGAGGCUAACAGCAAGGCAUUGUUGAUAUUCCCUAGUAGUGUACACUCUGAGCCACAUGAACAAAUCUCAUGGGCUGAAUUUGACUAUGUUAUUGAUGACUUUGGAGAUAUAUUUUUUGAGGUUCAUGACAGUCAAAACAUCUUGCAAGAUCAUGGAGCUAGUAAUCCUGUGACUGCUUUAAUUGGGAUGGACAUCUCAUAUUACGAAAGCAGGAAAAUGGAGCUUUUAGAUGACAUCUUGGACUUUGAUGCUGGAGAUGAUGAUUUAUUUGCUGAUGACUACUUUGAAGUAGAGGAACCUAAUAAGGCUGGCAUUUCGAUUGAUUGGGGGAUGCCUGAGAAUUCCAACUGGACCCAUCCAGUUUACUUUGCCAAGUGCUUGUCAAAGGCUAUUCAUGUGGAACAUGCUAAAAAGAUGGAUCGCCCCUCAAAUGGUGUUGCUGUCUGGGGCUUUCUCAAGCCUACUUUCAUAGAUGAAGAGUUUUACCUCCGACGGCUCUUCAAUGAUGAAGAAAGUGAUAGUGACACCUCAGACUGCAAAGAUGGAGAUAUUGUGAGCUACAGUACUAAGGAUGACGGAAGAUGCGGUAGAUCAACCAUCUAUAGAUUGGAUAUCGCAAAGAUUGAACUAUUCUCGGUCUAUGGUAUUCAGUCAAUGAUUGGUGUUCAGGAUUUUCAAUAUGCUGAGCCUGACAUUCUUGUGCACUCAAACCCAUCAAUUCUAGAGCGCUUUGUUCAGACGGGAACGAGAUGCAGUGUUGCUCUUAAAGCCCUUUGCAAAAAAAAAGGGCUACAUGUUGAGGGUGCAAAUCUAAUUGGAGUUGACAGCCUCGGCAUGGAUGUUAGAGUUUAUUCUGGGACAGAAGUACGAACACAUCGUUUCUCCUUCAAAACCCGGGCGACUUCGGAGUGUGCUGCAGAUAAACAGAUUCAGCAGCUCUUGUUUCCGAGGGCGAGGAGGAAAAAGUUGAAGACUCUUGAUAAAUCUAGAGAUGAUCCAUAUUGAUACAUGGUAUUUUGUUUUACUUUUCAAUAUUGUGGCUGGAAAUAAUAUGAGGAAUAAAGCUAAUGCAAAAGCUUAUUAAUAAACAUAUUUUGGUUUGAAGAGUUUAUAUUGGAUAGUAAUGUCAUUUUGUACAGACACUAACAUGAUAAGAAAUAAAAUGUCUGAACUGACUUGUUUUUGCUCCAA